GAGCGCGCGGUGGGGAUGAGCCCGCACUGGUCCGGACUGGAGCUCCCAGUCCACGGCGGCUUCGGGGCUGGCGGCACCUGCCCGGCGCUGGCCAUGGGGCGAGUGGCGGCAGCUGGGGCCGUACUGGUGGCACUGGUGGUGCUGGGAGCGGCCCCGGCUGCGGGCGAGGAGCUCUCGGGGGUCUUCCAGGAGCACCAUAAAUUCGAGUGUCACUUCACGAACGGCACGGAGAAGGUGAGGGUCGUAGUGAGGUUCAUCUACAACCAGGAGGAGUACGCGAGGUUCGACAGCGACGUGGGGCACUUUGUGGGGUACACGCCCUAUGGGGAGAAACGGGCCCAGUCCUGUAACAGCGACCCAGAUUACAUUGAGCAAUUGCUGUCUGCAGUGGAGAGGUGCCAAUACAACUACGAGAUUAUGACCCCGUACAUCGUGGAUCGCAGAG